UGUUUUAUAAAAAUUCUCAAUCGUUGAUUUUGUGUUUCUUUCCAUUAACUUCAUCUCAAACUUUGAGUGUGUAUCUCUGUGCGACGUUUUUGUGAUUUUUGUGUUUGUGAAAUUACGAAAUGAUUUACUUCCCCGCCAUCACCCCAUCCUUCUGCGACGGAACUGGACGACCACACAGAGAGGAAGUUGACGGUACUAAUUCUACGAUAGAUAUAAUGCCAGGAAAAAUCAAAGUAAAAAUUCUAGCAGGGAGGAAUCUCCCUGUUAUGGAUCGCUCAAGUGACACAACUGAUGCCUACGUCGAAAUAAAAUUUGGCAAUACAACUUACAAAACCGACGUUUGUCGAAAAACACUCAAUCCUCAGUGGAAUUCGGAAUGGUAUCGGUUCGAAGUUGACGACUCUGAAUUACAAGAUGAACCUCUACAAAUUAGGUUGAUGGAUCAUGAUACUUAUUCCGCAAAUGAUGCAAUUGGCAAAGUAUACUUAAAUUUAAAUCCCCUGCUUUUGCCUGGAGUUCCACCUCCUGUGAAAAAUAUGUGGACUUUAGAAGCAACAAUGAAUUCCAGCGUUGGUUCUCAAGCAGGAUCAGUAAUGACUGGUUGGGUGCCCGUUUUCGACACAAUGCAUGGAAUUCGUGGAGAAGUAAAUAUUAUUGUUAAGGUCGAGUUGUUCUUAGAUUUUAAUAAAUUUCGGCAGUCUUCGUGCGGAGUGCAAUUUUUUUACUCACCCAACGUACCACACGGGUACCACGCACAAGUAGUUCACGGAUUUGUCGAGGAAUUAAUAGUUAGUGACGAUCCGGAGUACAAGUGGAUUGACAAAAUCAGAACACCAAGGGCAUCAAACGAAGCUCGACAAACUUUAUUUUUCAAACUCAGCGGUGAAGUUCAGAGAAAAAUUGGACUGAAAGCUUUAGAUCUAGGUGGAAACGCCGUUAUAGGGUACCUUCAAAAUUUUGAUUUGGAAGGAGAAUCCGGGAUCGUCGCUAGAGGAAUUGGUACUGCGAUUACUUUGGUGAAGAUACACGAUUUUUCCAACGUAUUAUCCGAGGGCCCUACAGUCGAAGAGCUUGUAACGUACUGUUCUAAACCUAAAAAGAAUGUCGAUAGUCCCGAUUCUGACGAUAGUGUUCCUUUGCUCUAUCACUCACCCGUUUUUUCUCCUAAUACCUCUCCGACCAAUAUGCAUACCACACACGUGAGCCAUAAAUUUCCAGGUUACGGAAGAACAACUCCAAAACACUGUAAGGCAAUCAUGAGAGUGACAGACUACAGAAAUUUAGAACAAAACAAAGAUUCAGUUCGUCCAUUGCCACACUCCCCUUGCAGUCUCGGUUUCAAUUCUCGAAAAGCAGGAGGUUCCAGUUUUUCAUUAUCCGACGACGUGAUUGAUGAAUCGUCUAUGAGAAAUUUAUUGGCGUCAGAAGACUUGCGAUGCGAACCGGGAAGAAAUAGAUUUUCACGCGGCUUGAGAAAUCUCAAAUAUUUACAACAGAAUGUUCUUGCCAGGAGGGUCUCUCAGUUCAGAACGAAAGCGUCGGACUCACUUGAUGAAGAGAGUGAUGUUGAUAGCACAUAUUCUAGUACGUGGUCCGUUUAUGGUUCGGAUUCCGCCAGAUCGUCGGUUCUUGAUUUACGGCAGAACAUCAAAAGAAAAUCGUUCUCACGCGCCAAAAGUAGUAAUGAAGGAAUGGUUGCUCUUUUAAUUAAAUCUGUCCAUGCCGGAUUUCCUUUGGACAGUGUGAAAGAAGAUCGAGAAACACCGACGCCUUCUCCUGUUAAAUUUUUAGGAGACUCCUCAGAUGCUUUAAAGAAAUGUAAAAUUUCUGAGGAAAUUCCAGAGAAACCUGAAGAUCCAGGUAGUAAGGUGUUCACAACUUCUGACAAGAUAGACAUCAAGUCAAUUGAGAGUAGCUACAAUAAUGAUUUCUCAAUACCGAUGAUUUCAUCUUCCGAAACCGACACUUCAACUGACGAUGACGAACCUUCAGAAUCGAGCACGAAUUACAAUAUUCUUGAUGACUCCUCGUCUCUGAACGAAUUAGUUUUAAAAGAAUUAGAAAAUCCUGUACUAGGGAUCCAAAAAGAGAUGGAGACCAUGAAGAAAAGUUUUUUUCCAAAUAAGUCAAGGAUUUCAAAAGAUAAAAAUCAGCCGAUUUAUAGAAAAGAUUCUCUGCAGACUGAUGAAAGCACCUCAACUGAUAUAACAUCUUCAGAUUUAGACUCAGACUUCUUUCAUGAUAAACUGGAAAGCAGUUUUAGAAUUUUCGACCAUGUACCUCAGAAAAAAGUUGAUAAACUGGAGGAGGAACAGGAACCAAUGCCGUUUCCAGAGCCUGAUGCGAAUUUGGAGAACAGUAAAUUGUUUAAAAACACUGAGGACGAGAACACUAAAUCAAAAGAAAUUAAAGAAGAAGAAUUUAUUGAAAACGAUAAACAGAUUUUUGAAGAUGAUCUUCAUUUAAAACGUCGUUUAAACGAAGCUCUUUUCUUUUUUGGACAAACGGGCAAUGACGACUGUCCGAUUGCAGAUGAAACUCAAGAAAAUAUUUUAGAAACUUCUUUAGAAAAUACGUCUAAUUUACCAAAAACUAUUUUUCUUCAGAAUGAAGAUGAUAAGACUACUGAGUUGACUGUUAUUACUCAAAAAGAAGGGAUUGAAAUAUUUAGUUUGCCUCUUUCCGAAAAUGAAAGUACUAAAUCAACAGUGAUUAUUCAGCCAGAAUUAGUUGAAAGCUCUAGUGUAUCGGCUUUUGAUGAUAAUGAAAUAAAUGUUUUAAAAAUUGAUAGCCAAGAGGAAGGGACUGAAAUAUUUAAUGAACCCUUUUUCCAAGACAAUAAAAAUAAUGCAUUAACAGUAUUUAAUCGGGACGAAGAAAUUAAGGAUAUUUCUGAAGAUAUUCUGAACUUAGAUCAUGCAAACUCAACCUUCUUCUUUCCUGAUAAAAUCGAAGAGAGUCAGGCUUUAUUAGAUCGACAUAAUGCUCAAAAAGAUCAGAAUAUCCUAGUUAAUCUUUCAUUCUCAAUUUCUAAAUUUGACUUAAUAUCAAACGAAUCUCCUCAACUUCAAACAGACCCUCAUUACUUCUUGGAUAAUAUUGAUGCCGAUCAUUCGAGACAGCCAGAAGAAAAUGAAAUACAACAAAAUACCUUUAAUACUUCUGUAGAGAAAUCAGAUGACCAGACUUUUGAUUCUUCACAAGAUUUUGAUUCUAUUCAAUCAACAAGAGUGCAAGAAUUAAAUAUUUCUGGAGAAAAUCAUUAUGUGGAAUUAGCCUCAAACAAACUACUUAUGCCUUCUAAUGCAUCAGAGCCUAAAUAUGAUAAUGAAGCAGAAGAGUUGAAGAUUCCUUUAGUUGGUCCACAGGACACUUUGAAUUUAUCAAAUUUUAUUCUCGAAACUUCUGAAAACAGUCAACCGUUAAACUUGGAACCAGCUAUAGCAGAAAGUAACAUACUUAUUGAUGAUAAUUUUUUGAAGGAUAAAUCAAAUCAUGAAGAAUCAGAAAGCAAACUGCAGCAGGAAAGAAAUGUUCUAGUACCACAAUUUUCGCAAUACGAAGGAACUCUUUCACCACAAACAACUGAAGUGCCUGAAAGUACAAGGACUCAACCUCUUAAAAUCUCACCAGGAGAUAGAAACUUCUUAAAUAUAAACAAUAGUAGAGAAGUUGUUCUGAAAGAAGAUAAAUCGUUUACUUAUCACCCAUCUCUUUCCCAACCCGAAAAAAUAAAUAUAAAAAAGGAAAUUAGUGAAGAUAAGAGUUCCAGAAAAGUGGAAAGAACUGAUACAGUAAUUUACAAAGGUCCUCUAGAUGAGAAAGGCAGGCCUAUAACACCCAAGGUUGAAAAAAGACUAGCAGCUUCAAAAUCUUCUUCAUCAGAGUUAUUGCCGAUUCCAAUUUUUGUGGAACACGUACCUGAAAAGAGUAACUUGUUAAAAGUUCCCAUAGUUCACACCCUCGACGUGAACGUAAAAAGUACCUACACAAAAAAAGAAACCGAAUUAGCUGAGAACGUGGUCCUUAAAGAGCAUCAGUUGGAAGGAUUAAGGAAUUCGGAAGUCAUGCAACACAAGUACAGAAGAACCUGCAUGCUGGACUUGAUGAAACUAAUUGACACAAAGAUGAUGGUUCACACAUCCCAUCAUCAUAAAAAGGAUUCUUUCAGAAGUACCAGAAAGCGAAGAGACAAAAUAUCAAAGAACUUGACUCCUUCACCAGAUUCUAGUCAGAAGGCAAGAUCUCACAGAAGAAGGUCGAAAUCAAGGUCACCUGAAAUGUAUCCUCAUGGCAAAUUUCCUUCUACUUCCACUUUAAAUUCUGUCCAGGCACCUUCUGUCCAUACCCAUCAUCAUACCGUAAGAAAGCAUGCCAGUCCUUCUCUUCAAGCACAUAACCAUUCUGUUGAAAAUACGUGUAAACAUAUUCAUGAUAACUCUCAAGAUUCUAAUCCAGUUUUGAUGAAAGAUAAUUUACAAUUAGCUAAGAGUGUUACACAUCCGCUCGAACGUGAAAUUCGAAAAUCGGCUAUUGAUAAAUUAGCAACUAGUCUACAGAGCAACGGUCUUAAUAAUUCUAGUAUUGAUGUUGAACUGCGUGAAUUAAAACUGAACAAUAUUAGUUCAAUUCCGAUACCGGAAAUUGCAGAAUCUCCAUCGGAGAAUUUCUCUAGCGUGUGUAGCUUAAAAGAACCAGUAAAAGAACUGAUUGUAUCGACUAAAAACACUAACGCUGCUGUUACUGACCAUUUGCGUGUGUCCUGCUCACCUCCCUUUCCCAGACAUCAAGAAGAAGCUUCUACGAGUCCAGUUCAUGCAACAACGAAUUCUACGAAUGUUGCCAAUUCUUUGACUUCAAAAGCUCCACAUUUGGAGAAUUCAAAACCGAAUCCUUCAAUUCCACUUCACAGGAGGUCGAGUGAUUCGGAUCUUAGCAUUACACCCAAAGGUAACUCAUUAGCAGGAAGCGACAGAUCCAUGGGAGGAUAUUUGAAACCAACGACCGCGAUUCGAACAAUGAAUCAAGAAGCUUUAGACAUGUUAGAGUAUCCAUUUAUCACAAUGCAGCAAUAUCCGCCCGGAUUUGUAUUGCACAUAGGUGGAUUGGUGAGUGCAAGAUCUGUCAAAUUGCUCGAAAGGAUAUCAAAUCCAGAAGAACCAGAAGGACGUGAUUCUUGGUGGACCGAAAUCAGAAUGGAGGUUCGAUCUCAUGCGAGGGCAUUGGCUUGCAAUGUUGUUAUCGGGUACAGAGAAGAAACUAGUAUCAGUGACGACGUUUGCGUUCUGAGUGCAUCCGGAACAGCUGCAGUGAUAAAUCUUCAAAAUACAGGUCAAGAUCAAGACACUGCCAUUCUCAAUCGUGCCCAGCUAAGUAUGGCUGCUGCCUCGAUUGACUCCGAUCGUGAUAAAACACAGCAAAAAAUAAAUACCAAAAACGAUAAGAAUGAAAACGAAGUGCCCGUGAUGAAUCAAAUAGGUGGAAAAGUUAAGCGCACAUCUGAAAGUAAUGAUCAUGAAAUUCCCUACAGUCUUCCUAUCAGUAGCUGCAGUCUCUGCCAUUUACCCUACAGCGAAUCUAGUGUGCCAUUUAAAGUCAAUGUCACAAAAUGCGCUAUUUGUCGUCGAGCAAAAGUCGCAGACGUUUUGUUCACUACGAUAGAACUUCCGGAUAACGUUCCAAUAACUGGAAGAGGAUGCUUCAUACAGGCAAUCGUCUGUAAAUGUAAAAAAGACUUACGAGGAGAACUGAACGCAAAAGAGAUCUCAGAUUGCCUCCCAUUUCUCGAAUACGAAUUGCACAGUUUGUUGGUGAAUAAACUCAAAGUCAAGGGAAUGAAUGCAAUAUUUGGGUUGAAAGUGCAAGUCUCGAUUGGAGAAAAGUUGAUUAUUGGAAUGGCUGUUGGUACUGCUAUUUAUUUAACUGCUCUUCCACCACCUUCUAUGCCUCAAAUAGCGUCUGGAAAUUCUUGGCAUAAUGAAGAACAGCUCAACGAGAUUCAGAAGAACCUUGUAGAAACUGUCAAGAAAAAUAGGGAGUUUUACAAACUUAAAAAUACCGAUCUUGACAACGGAAGAUCCAGAUCAGACACUGAUGAAUCAGAUGACGAUCUUCCGGAAAUGGAUUUGAGUAUGGGAGCGAAGGAUGCAUGUGUUCUUGAAGUCGAUGACCUCGAGGACAUGGAGAGAGUAGCUUUGUUAAUGGAUGACACUCCACCAGAUGACUUCCAUGUAGUAAACACGCAGACGAUUCCUGGUUUGGAAGAUCUGGAAAUUGUCAGAAAUCUGCAAAUGUUUACUCAAGUUUCGAGGGCAAAGAUCCCCUCCGGUCAAUUUAGUUCGAUGCCUUCGAAAUAUUUUGCGAGGUUACUCCAGACCGUCUAUUUUAAAUUGCGGCGGAUGGUUCCUUGCGCUCUUUGUGACCUCAGAUUUAGAGUUGCUCUUCCCGAACAAGACGAAAUUCAGCUGUCUGUUGUGGGCAUGGCUCUUGGAUUAGGAGAGCCUUCAAAGUAUUCAAAGCAUCGAAGGAAACUCAUGUCAUACUCUUCGAGCAAAGAUCAACUUAAAAAAUCAGAUGACUGUGACAUGAUUUUCACUCUCGACGAGGAUAUCGCUGAGUCGGUAGCAUCAAACACGACUGAAACCACAACAAGUGUAUCAAAUAAUCUUUUGUACUCACAAAAGCCAAGGUCUCGAUCUCCCCUCCGAAUAAAAUCGCAAACAAUGCAUAGGGACAAACACGUGCCUUUAAAGGAACGCUAUGGAGUAGAUCUUACACCACUUUCGUAUUUACCUGGUGGAAGGAUUGAGAGGUACCUUGGGAAUCUCAAUUUCUUUUUUAUUAGAGAAAGCACGUCCAUUCGUGAAAAUGGUGGCAUUAGUGGUUUUACUCACAGCUUUGUAAAUGAAGUUCUGUCAAUCGUCCGAGCACAUGUAACAGCUUUAGGUGGGAAUGCGAUGGUAGCAUUUUUUAUGACUCAGUGUGUCCUUCUUCACAGCCCACAUAAAAAUCACGGCCAGUGUCUAAUUAACGUAGGCGGUGACGUAGUUUCCUUCUCAUAUUUCGGCGAUGAGAGGCAGACUGGAAAUACGAUUUGCUGACCCCAGCUACCUCAUUCAGCACCACCAUAGCCCAUAAACAUAAAUCCACUGAAUCGUGGCGUUUUUUACUUCGCAAGGCCGAUCUCUAUGGUGGAAUGAAUUCUUCGAUUCAGCGAGUUCUGAUUACAAGUACUUUUACAAUCAAAAAGGCUUUUGUAAAAAAACGAAUUAACCAUUUAUUUGAUAAAUGGAAAGUUUUUAUUUUUGAGAUUUUUAAUAUUUUGUUGUCUUCUUUUUCUUGUACAGUUUUUAAAACAGAGGUCAUCAAGUACCCUUCCCAAAUUGUGAUUCUCUUAUCAGGGUGACUACAUGACCAGGACAUUUCUUUUGAAUGUAGUAAUAUGGAAAAUGAAGAUGGUUUCGUAUAUUGUAUUACUCUAUUUAACUUGGAACAGUGAAUUUAAAACAAAAUUAUAAUUCUGAAUUGGGACAGGUGAUUUCAGUAGAGAAAUAUAAUUUUUGCAAUUGAGAUAACUAAUUCCCGUAGAGAAUUAUAAUUUUCAUUUAAGGUUCAGUUUAGAAAAAUAAAUUGUUAAGAAUUAUAAUUUUGACGCUAGGAUAGGGAUUUUGCGUAAACAAUUAUUAUUUGACUUGUAAGAAAACAUUUUUUUACAUGGAAUUGAAACUUUAUAAAAGAAUUUUUUGUAUUAAUUUGAAAGAAGCCUCCUUUUCCGCGUUUCAUGGAAUGGGACGCUGAAUUUCAUAAAAAAUUUCAAUCUUGUUUUUGAACAGGAAAUUUUGGACAUGAAACGGAAAAUUUAAAAAAAUAAUUUUAAUUUUGAUUUAUGAAAACGAAAUUUACAACUACCAUCUCUGUUCCAUGCCAGGAUUCGUCAGAUUUGAUAAAUUCUUUGUUCCAAAUCAGACUUUUUAAAAUUUAGAAAUUUUUUUUUUAAGUAAAUGUUUGCCCGAAUUUAAGUCUUCCUCUUCUAAAGUUUAUAAAAGGGGAUUUACUGUAUUUCUGAAUUACAAUCGAAAAUGUUGUAAAAAGAUAUAGAGCUGAUUUGGAAUAGGGAAUUUUUGUAAUUAAAUGUAAUUGUUACUUGGAAUAUAAUUUUAAUUGUGAUUUACAAAAAGGGAAUUUAAACAAAAUCCCUGUUUAAAUUCAGAACUAGAAUUCUUUUGCAAAAUUCUCUGUUCAAAUCAGAAUUGUAAUACUUCUGAUCAAGAUCGAAACCAGGGUCGACGAUGAAUGAGGUUUGACCCUCCCCCUGCAUUUUUUUUGUUACAUGUCCCCUCCCUCGAAAAUUUUUGUUCGCUACAUCCUUGCUUGCGACUAAAAAUAAUUUGGUGUUUCAACUAAGAAUUAUAAUUUUUUCUGAAAUUCCCUGUUCCAAAUUAGAAACCUUGGAAAUAUUUAUAAUGUGUCGAAUUCGUUUGAAAUCAUUUAAAUCUUUUGAAAUUUUUUUAAUGGACCGAAAAAAGUUAACAAUUGAUCAAGAGAAAUCCGGGAAAUGAUCGUGCAUUAAAAAUGAUCUGUCGGGUAGAUACCCUCGUUAUUUAAUUAGAGGUAUAUUUUUAUUGAGUAGCUUAAGAUUUGGGUCACAGAAAUUGUACUUAUUUGUAGAUAUAUAGUCCAAGUAAUUUUUAUGGACGAACAUAAAGUAACUAUAAUAAUAAAAAAACCAGUGUUUUUCAUAUACUCUGACUGACAUUGAGCCGCUGGGUGCAAGAAUCAGCCCGGCGCUCGAACACACGUAAAACUAUUAUCCGCACAUCUCAAAAGUAUAAAUUUAAAAAAAUGUAGAAUUGCAGUGAAUAAGGAAAUGAAACUUUUUCUUAUGACAAUUUUUUUGGUCAAACGUUU